AUGACUAGUGGAACUGGCCCAUACCGGAUUGGUGUUGAUGUAGGUGGAACCAACACAGACGCCGCCAUCAUCGACAUCUCGGCAUCGGAGACGGAAUCUAGAGGCGUACGCGCUUCAAGUAAAACGCCUACAACAGUCGAUGUCACCUCGGGGAUUUAUACAGCCAUUGAAAAUGUCUUGGAAAUGACAUCUGUCGCGCGCUGUGAUAUUCUCAGUGUGGCUAUCGGCACAACCCAUUUUGUGAAUGCGGUCGUGGAAGCAGAUGCACGGCUGUUAAGACUUGAAAUUGACGGCCGUGAGAUUGCACCACUCAAUCACGUCCAGCUCAAAGAGACAGUUCGGUCUAUCAAAGCCGCUGGAAUUGACAAGGUGGCUUUGGUGGGCGUCUUCUCCCCCCUUGAUGCUGAAGGCCUUCAUGAAGAGACCUGCAAGCGACUGAUGCUAGAGGAAGAGCCGUCCUUGUCAGUAGUAUGCUCUCAUACGAUUGGCGGAGUGGGACUCUUGGAGCGCGAGAAUGCAACUAUACUGAAUGCCUCGAUCUUGAACCUCGCUAGACGUACAGUUCGUGCCUUCUGCGAGGCGAUGAAAAGACUCUCAUUGGACUGUCCACUGUUCCUCACUCAGAAUGAUGGUACAUUAACAGAUGCCGCUACCGCUGCAGAGCUGCCUAUCAAGACCUUCGCAUCUGGUCCAACGAAUAGUAUGAUCGGCGCAGCGUACCUGGCUUCAUUGGACCGUGGUGAAAGCAAGAUUCGAUCUGAGACUCAAGUUCUCGUGAUCGAUGUUGGGGGCACAACCAGUGAUGUGUGUGCCUUACUCCCAUCCGGCUUUCCUCGGCAGGCACCGAACUUCGUUGAAGUUGGUGGCGUGCGCACUGCCUUUUCGAUGCCAGAGGUACUAUGCGUUGGCCUAGGCGGAGGAAGUCGUGUUGUCUACGAUCAAGAUUCGGACCGUGUUGAAGUCGGACCUGAAUCUGUCGGUCAUUAUCUGACUUCCCAAGCUUUGGUCUUUGGCGGCGAUGUGAUGACUACCAGUGAUAUCGUGGUGGCCUCGGGCAAAACAUCCUUUGGAGACGUGAAGAGAGCAAGGGCCAUCUCUCCUGAUAUUGUCACCAAAGCACGGGUACAGAUCAAAAGGAUUCUGGAGCGAGCGGUGGAAGACAUGAAAGUGUCCGAUUUACCGGUAACCGUUCUCCUGGUUGGGGGCGGCUCAAUAAUUCACAUGGAUGAUCUGGAAGGGGUUGCGGAAUGUGUAAUUCCUCCACAUCACGACUCUGCAAAUGCCGUUGGCGCUGCCAUUGCCAUGGUUGCCGGAGAAGUCGACAUCAUUGAGGUCCUGGCAGAUAGGGACGAAAAGGUUGUGCUAGAAGACGCGAAGCAGCAAGCUAUCGAGGCUGCCGUUGCUCGUGGUGCAGAUAGAGCUGACACAAACAUCGUCUCUGUGGACAAACUUCCUCUUCAAUACGUCACCAAUAAGGCCACACGGUUUGUUGUCAAGGCAGUUGGCAGGUUGGCCUUAUCUGACAGGUAUUCUCCGUCUACCAAUGGCGACAACGGAGAACCCUUCGUCCACAUCGACGAGAUUGAGCCUGAAGCGGAAAAACAGUUCACGAAGAGCAAGGCUUCCGACCCGCUCCAACCUUCCGUGAAGUUCUCUCCUUUCAUGGAUAUUGAGACCUAUCGACCUGAUGUACGCAACGGUGUCUGGUACAUCUCUCCCCUCGACCUAGAAUUCAUGGCAACCGGAACUGGCGUUCUCGGCACUGGCGGGGGUGGAUCCUCGUACCUCGAAUACCUAAACUGCCUGCAAAAUCUUCGAAACUCUGACCAGAAAAUGCGAGUUGUAUCAGCAAGCUACCUCAAAGAUUCAGACAUCUGUGUAUUCGGAUCAUGGUAUGGUGCGCCCAGCGUGGGGAAUGAGCGAUUGCCUGCAGGAACAGAGAUUACAGACGCAAUCGAUUAUUCUGUGAAGAUGGGUGGCCAUACUCAUUUUGAGGCGGUAGUGGCGGAUGAAAUCGGUGGGGGAAAUGGGCUUUCCACUUUUCCCACAAGCGUCUAUUACGAUAUUCCCGUGGUGGAUGGUGAUUUGAUGGGACGCGCAUUCCCAACCAUGGAACAUUGUACUCCAUAUGUCUAUGGCGAGUCCAUUACUCCUUGUGCCGUGGCUGAUGGCAAAGGAAACGCAUCUGUGCUUUUGAAAGCUGAGUCAAACCGACGGGUCGAGACCAUGCUGCGAUCUCAGUGUGUGGAUCUAGGGCUCAGCAUCGCCGUUGCUUCCACCCCCUUAACUGGGAAGGCAAUCAAGAAGUAUGCCAUCCCGAACACAGUAUCACAAGCAUGGUACAUUGGACGUGCCAUUCACAGAGCGAGGAAAUCCAAAUCUAACCUCGUCGACGCAAUUUUCGAAACUACCCCCGGUCAUCUCUUAUACAGCGGCAAAAUUUUCGAUGUUAAGAGAGAUAUCAGCGAUGGUUACACAACGGGUCAAUGCACUAUUAUACCGCUCAGCAGCGAAGAACAAGAUCUCAAGAACUCAGCCAACGGCGACUCUAACGACGCCAUGGAUGAGAACCUCUGCUUGAUAGUUCCAUUCCAGAACGAGUUCCUCUAUGCUGCUUAUGCGGAUAUUGCUAACCCUGACGACUCCUCUCGUCAGGAGAUAAUCUGCACUGUUCCGGAUCUCAUUUCUAUUCUUGGACAAGAUGGGGAGGCGAUAGGAUCUCAGGAUCUUCGUUAUGGCCUCCGUGUGCAUGUUAUAGGCAUGGCUGCCCAUCCACUGUGGACGGGAGAUGAACGGGGAUUACGAGUUGGUGGUCCAGAAGGAUUUGGACUGGAUAUGGAGUGGAAGAGUAUUGGGCCGUAUCAAAAGCCUAGGAGUGUCAUCGAUGAGUUCAAUAGGGUAACUUAG